UAGACGCAGUCACUGUUGCCCAUCAAUUAUGAUGAUUUCUUGUGUGUUUCUGGUGAAAGUGUUUAAUUAAAGAAACCAAAUAAAAAUUUUAUUAAAUGUUAAAAAAAUAAAAAUAAAAAAAAAUAUCUCAUGAUUUACUAAAAAUAAAAUUAAUAAAUAUUAAUUUAGCGAAGUUUUAAAGAAGAAUCUAAAAAUAAAAAGGAGUAAAAGUGUUAAAAAGUAAAAAAAAUAUAAUAAUAUAACUCGGAAGCGUUACUUGUUUUUAAUAAAUUUAAUAAAACUCGUCUUACUGUUCAAACACCCCUUCCCACCAAACAAAAACGUGUUUGUUUUUUUAAUAAAGGCGCGCGCGUAACUUUUAUAUUUGCCACCAUUUAUUGCAACUGCAAUAACGUUUACUUUGAACUGUGGACAGUAACAGGAAACGGGUCACGUUUUAUGUCAUCAUUCUUGUUGUUGGCUACUGGCCCUUACUACCAACUAUAAUCGCAUUUAAACAUUUAUAGCCCACAACAUUAUUUACCAAAACCAAAAAUCACAACAGUACAAAACCGGUUGUGGACAUUUUUUCCCAUAAACAUAACAUUUCAAUUUCGAUUGACAACCCCUGCUGUUGUCCACCUGAAAAUUGACCAAAUAUUGUGGAUGAAAAUCACAGUUUUUAAAUAAAAUAGUCAGCAGGAUAGUGCAAUUUUAAAUUAAAUUUAAUGUGUUACAAAAAUUAGAAAAAAAACUAACAGUGAAGCAUAUGCGAUAAUUUAAUUAACUUAAAAGGAAAAUUAACUGUCACACAUUAAUUAAACAACUGCAACAACAUGAUAUUCCUGAUGACAGUUAUCAAAGUGCUGCUUAUAGCGCUAAAUAUAUUUCCCAGCCGCUUUACAAAUCGGAAGGUGAUGUUUUUGAUUUAUUUAACGAAUUUGGUAACGCAUGUUAUGAUGAACGAGCCACGUUUUGCUCAACCAAUACCGAAUGUUACUGUGGCUGUUGGACGUGAUGCCAAUUUGCCAUGCGUCGUUGAACAUCUGGGUGGUUAUAAGGUUGCCUGGAUACACAUUGAUAGACAAAUGAUUUUGACAAUACAUCGACAUGUCAUCUCAAGAAUACCACGUUACAGCAUCACUUACGACAAUGCAAACACUUGGCUGUUACAUGUGAAUCAGGCACAUCAGGACGAUCGUGGCUACUACAUGUGUCAAGUGAACACGAAUCCCAUGAUAAGUCAAGUGGGUUAUUUGCAAGUAGUUGUACCACCCAAUAUAUUGGACAUUGAGAGUACUCCCUCUUCGGUGGCUGUUAGAGAAAAUCAAAAUAUUAAUAUGACUUGCAGGGCGGAUGGCUUUCCAGCACCCAAAAUCAUUUGGCGCAGAGAAGAUGGUGAAGAAAUUGCUGUCGAAAAGAAAAAGAAAGUGUUGGUGUAUGAUGGUGAGGUAUUGCCAUUGACCAAAGUGAGCCGGAAUGAGAUGGGUGCCUAUCUGUGUAUUGCCACCAAUGGAGUACCACCUUCAGUAUCAAAGCGUAUAAUACUUGAUGUUGAGUUUUCCCCCAUGAUUUGGGUGCCCAAUCAACUAGUGGGAGCACCGGCUGGCACUGACGUAACAAUCGAUUGUCACACGGAGGCUCAUCCCAAAGCUAUAAUAUAUUGGGUUUAUAACUCGGUUAUGGUAUUGCCUAGUAAAAAAUACAAAACGGAUUAUACAGAAAAUUCUUACAGGGCUCAUAUGAAGUUGACUAUAAGAAAUUUACAAUAUGGUGACUUUGGCAAUUAUAGAUGCAUUUCGAAAAAUUCCCUAGGCGAGACUGAGGGUUCGAUACGAGUAUAUGAAAUACCUUUGCCCUCAACGCCUUCAAAACAGGUUACUCAUUCGACUAUUGAUACAAGAGAAAAUAACAUUAUACCCAUACGCAAUGAUUCAAGUAGAUCCCUACAAACUGAUGUACACUUAAUGAAAAAUGACUUACUGGGCAGUGGUACCUCAUCGUCGGCGUCCUCAUCAUCGUCAUCUUCAUUGUCUUCAUCACAUAGUGCAACAUCAUCAAUAGCAUCGAUUUCGGGUAAUAGUAUACCGGGAUUUAGUUCAUCGGGCAAUGCUAUCGAACGUAAAGGUUCUCUGGCGAUAGGGAAAAGUAUGUUCUAUACCGAACAUCCUCCUAAUCAAUUGGCCGAUUUUGCCGCUGUAACUUCUAAACCAACGAAUGCUUUAAUCUUAUGUGCUCAUUUAUUAGUAUUUCUACUCUUGAGAUGUCGAGCGUAAAAUCUAUUAUAUAAUUUCUGUAAUUUAAUUUAGUGUAAAAAGCCAAACUAUUAUUAAGAUUAGGGUUACUAUGGUUAAGGAUUAAAUUGCACACAAACAAAACAAAAACAAAAUGGCAAAACCAAAAACAAAAAAUAUGUAAAAAGGAACUAAUAAUUAGACAUAAACUUACCAAUAGAAUGAUAAUUAAUAAUAAUUAUUAUAUACCAAAAGACACUUACUUGAAAGACACCUACAAAUAGAUGAAAGAACGAAAAAAAAUGUUAAAAUUAAAUUAAUUAUAUUUAGUAUAAAUUGACAAUGAAUUAAUGAAUUAAAACAAAAAAAGUAUUAAAAAAGUAAAAUACAAAUUUCAUUUAUUUAAUGUUGAAAAAGACAAUAAAUACAUAUCACCCAAAAUAAUAUAAUUUAACAAACCAAACCUCAUAUAACUUUUUUCCCAUUUUAGAAUCAUAUUUAUAGUUUUAAUAGUCUGGAAACAAACUAGUAGUCUUAAUCUGAAAUUACAUAUUUUUUUUUUAAAUUUUCAACUUGGUUUUUUAUUUUUUACUUUCAUACUAAAUAUUUUUUCAACACAAAUAUUAGAAUCAUGUGUAACUUAGGUAAUUGAGGCCAAAUAUAUAAAAAUUAUAAUUUGUUUUAAUAAUAAUGACCACUGUCUGCAAUGGUCUUAAUUAAAAAGUCUAAUGUAGAUGUAAUGACUUUAUUUCAUAUCAUCUAAUCGUUUACAUGUCAUAACUAUACAUAUUAAAAUAUUUUAUUUUAUUUUGUAUAUAUAAAUAUAAAGAAAAGUAUAAACGAUUUAAAUGCUAAAUAAUAUGCCUGCAAAAAAAGAGAUAUCCAUGACUGUAAUUAAGACAUUAGGUUGGCUCAUACUUUUGUGGACUUCUAAAAGUUUGCUUGAUUCUGAAAUAUUUAAUCAGCUUUAUUUCAAUUUCUUUAAAAUAUAAACUUUAGAUCUUCCAAAGAAGAUUUUUGAAUUUCUAUUUUCGUUAUUUUUUAUUCUGAAAUAUUUCGUAAAAUUUUGUAAAUAUAACGAAACAAUUUCGUAGUGUGAACACCACCAGCAUUCAUACAAUGUACGGCAUAUUUCUUAUAUAUAUUAGGCAUGUAUAUUUUCGAGCGUAAAUUGUAUAUUCAUAGAAAUGGGUGCCUUCGUGUGUUUGUAAGUCUUUGAGCUAAAAUACUCCAUCUACCUAAUCUCUUACUGAAGUAGCAACUUUGUGUAAUGAUGGGCAAUAUGGGAUCAAUACCAAUGCAUACCCUGACAAAGAAAAGCCAAUCAUCGAUCUGAAGUCUAAAGGUGGGGCGACCCUAACGUCAGUUGAAAUCAAUCAUCCGAUAUAAUGGAAGGUUAUAGCCCGAGCAACCAUACUACUGAGAUGGCCCUGUUGUGUUUGCAACAGCACCUAAAGACUUUAUUUGAUAGCACGAAAUACCCUACCAAUAAAUCAGAAUCACUUAUUAUGUCAAUAUAAUAUGAAAGAGGGUGUAGGAAAUUUCACGUCAAUUCAAACCCAUUAAUUGAUCCGACAAGUUUUUGGAAAACAUGCAAAUAAAUCGCGUAGCAUAAAACAAUAUUCAUUAUUUUAACAAGGCAACACAACCAGACAACAUCCCUGAAGUAAGUGGUCUACUUAAUCAGUACUAGUUCCUGUCGGGCAAAAGAGACCUGAAAAUUUCACAACUUACAGAGUCACCCAACUACGCGAAGAGUAAGAGUCACAUCUUACAGAGUCACCCAACUACGCGAAGAAUAAGGGUCACAUCACUCAGUGACAUCUGUUGAGAUGAUAAGUGCAUUGGAUAGAGAUUACAGACAUAUAUGGCAUACUAUUUAUAAGACCCUAAACCAGCAUUAUCUUUAUGCGAAUUAGUGUUUAAACCACAACCUACACAUGGACCUUAACUAACCUCAACCAAAUAACUAGCCAGGGCAAGUCCUGAGGGUAUCUGGAUACAUUUGAUCAUCCACAAUAGUCCCACAAGACUAUAGAUAUUGCUGCCUAUAUUCGUUGCCCUGGAAUAUUGCAAUAACACCAAGAUGGAGAUUUCACCAAGAUAAAAUGUCCACGUUGGAAGACGCUCAGACAGGCGGACAUUUGCUAAAUCUAUUAAUUUCUAUUAAGUUCGCUUUUGUUACUUUUAGAAUAUUCAUUCGGCUCACUACCGAUACGAAAUAAGUGUACAAUCUUUGAAAAUAUGAUAUCUUUGUAAUGAAAGGGCAUUUCAUUUCAAUAGACAUUCGAUCAAGGCAACUUCCGAUACACUUUUCUAAAAUGAAGCAUAUGUAUCCCAAAGAGAUCAUUCUGUAAAUAGUAGUCGUGUGGGAAAAUAUGUAAACUAUAGGGCGGUUUAAGUCAAAACAUCCCUAUCGUUUUUUUAAUUAAAAACAUAUCAUGAAGGAAUAUUUUGCAUUCAUGUUCGGUCGAAUAUUUUGUCAAUUUUUCAGCCAAUACUAGCCCAAAUACGUAUUAUUAUAUACACAUCAUGUAUUGAAAAACUUAAUUUCAAUAUUCAUUAACACAUAAUAAAGUUAUUAAUGGUUUAUUAUCGGAAUUUUGUAUGGAAAAGUUCUUUAUGUAAAUCAUACCUGGUAAAUCUUCAUAUAAAUAUUUUUAUUAAAAUCAAGCAAACUUUAGAUUCUUAACUUUUUGUUUACAGCCAUUCUAUAGUGACCUACAAAAGCCGACAUAAUACAUAUUACAUUGAAACCUUUACUAACUACAAACAUACAUAUUUAGAAUAAACAUAUCGUUAACGAAAAAAAAAAAUAUCAUUUUUAUUUAUUUUGACAGAUUUUGAAAUUAAACACGAUUCCAAACAUUUUGUUUUUGAAAUCAAAAAUGUUGUUAAAAACCAAAAGAAAUAUAGAAUAUUAAAAUCUUAUAAUAAUCAUAUCUAAAUUCUAAAUAUAAUCUUAUAAACUUUAACAGCUGCUGGAUUGCUACAAGGGUUUUAUAGCAAAAUAAAUGAGUUAAAUAUUUCUAUGAUCAUUAACUUCGUAUUAGACUAAGUUUUCUGAGUUUUUGCUUGGCAUAGAUUUGUAAAACAAUUUUUUAAAAUUCAUCAUUUAUUUUGCUGGCAAACUCUCUUGUUAUAAACUAUUUAAUUUUCUAAAAACGUUAAUCACUAAAAUUAUGCAUAAUACAAAUAUAAUUUAAAAUUGUUGUAACAUUAAGCUGCUAAAUUUAAUUUCAUAUGUAAAUAAAA